AAUUUGAUUGAAGAAAUACAUGAGUGUUACUAGGAUGUAUUUCCAAUAUUUUUUUUAAGUGGAUGGGGAGGUAUUUCAAUCAUGGUUUGCAUUGACAACAUCGCACUUUCGAAAAAGUCAACACAAAUGGUCAUAACGUGUAUUUAUUGUGUGUGUGUGUGUUUGUCAGUCUGUCACAGAAGACGAAACAUCCUUUCCAUUGAACACCUAACGCUGUGUUUGCGUGCGUGUCUUCUCGACAUUGGUACUGAACUUGUAAUACAGUGUUACUGUCCAAAAUGUGUGCUGAUUUGAACUGGGGUGUUAUCUUCAAACGGAAUCAAACAUUUUUGUGUGAUCUUCUAUUUGGCCAUCUCAUUAAGAUAGUCACAACCAUCGACAGGACAAAAGAGCUGUUCUACUCGAGACAUGUCCAGACCAUGAAGCCAACCCAUCAAGACAGUCCUCCAAACAAACUGGGGUAUCUGGUGAUAUACCAUUAGCUGCCUCCUUUCCCAAGCGAGUCAAGAUGGAUGGAGAUGGUGAUGGCGCCCCAACAUCCACCCACACAUCACCUAGUCACCAGAAAGAAGAUGCUCUACUCUAUGAUGGGGGAGGUGAAGGUCACAAGAGCAGCGUCAUCUCCUUUGACAGCAGUGCCGAGUCAACACCCAGGAAGUCAGUGCCUAAAAGAUCCUCAGCGCCCUCCACGCCACAGUCCCACGGACACGACCUGAGUACAGUGGACAUGAAGAUGUCAUGGGAUGGCAGUGCCAGUGGGGGCAGUGCUAAGGGUGAGACCACUGAUGGUGAGACAGGGUAUAAAGUUGCCUUCAAGGCCAGAGCAGGGAUGCUUGCUGAUCCAGUAAAGAUAGCUAAAGAAAGAGAGAAAGAAGAAAGAGUAAGACAAGCUAGAGAGAGAUUGCUAGAGGAAAGGAAGAAGAAACUAGAAGAGCUGAGAGAGCAACAGAGAAUCGCUCAGGAGAAUAGAGAAAAACAACUGGAAAUGAGAAGGCGUAAAAUUGAGGACCUAAGGAAAAGGGACUCAGAGAGAAGAGCUGCUGUAGAGGAGCGUAGAAAAAUGAAGGAGGAUAUUGAGAGAGCUCGUCGUGAAUCUAUCUUGCAAAAAGCUGAGGAACGUGUUGCACGCUAUGAAGCUUGGAAAGCUGGUGGCCGUAAAGGUGGGAGGGGUCACAUAUUUGGUUUCGGUAGCGCCACACCUCGUGACAUCUGCCAGCCCUUCGAGCGACCUAGGCGCUCUUCCUCUCACAGUGCCCUUCAAAGGCGCUCCCCAAAUGGGUCCGAUAUGGAUUCCAUGCGACCGCAGAGGCGUGCUCUUUCAGCGUGCAGUGCGGUGCGCAGACACUGUUGUGUAGAUUAUAAUAGGAUCGGGAUGUUUGGUGAAGGUUCACCCAAGAAUCUCUCCGUCUCCAUGAGUGCACUCUGUCACAAACGCAACCCUGAGUUUUCUUCUUUGAGUGUCUUGUUGCCUGGUUCAACCCCUGGUCUGCUAUCUGUACAUGACAGUCGAAGGUCUUUUCUAGGGCCCCACACAUCAGCUUCUGCCAUUGUGGCAGGAUUUCAGCACCAACAACGAGUGGCGGCUGCUUCUGCGGUGGGCACUACACCCACACAGCAACCUCGUGCAUCCAUGACAGCCAGCAUGCCCAGUCCAGUCAGGAUGAGGGAGAACAAGACCCGCAAACAGCGACCAGCAAGUGUGGCUUCCUCUAUGCCCAGUUUUGUGGGAGGGGAACCAGCGAAAACACCCCGCAGUAAAAGUACAGAUCGCAGUGGGAGAGAUCGUUCCAAAACCAGACAAAAUAGAAAAGAUGAAAAGGCAAUCAAAGAUCAAGAGAACCUUACAGAGAAAGCUCAGAAGUCAGCCCUUAAGGUGGACAAGACUGAUGCUGAGAAGGAAACUGAGCAGGACGGGGAGGUUGCAGAUAAAAAGGACAAAAAAUCCAGGGUGUCGCUAUCCUUCUAUGACCGACUUGCCACCCCCAAGUACAGCAAGAAAGAUGGCGACCCUACAUCUAAAGUAGACCUCCCUCCCAAAAAAGAGACCACUGUAGUUAGGGUUCAAUUUGCUGGUGAAGAGGAUGGUGCUCAGGAUGGAAUGAUUGAACCUGAGCUUUCACCAAGGAAAGCCUACUCAACACCUAAUCUCUCACCCAUGAAAAAGAAGUCUUCAAUUCGUGAAAAACCUGCACAUAAAGAUGGUGGUCCAAAGCAAAGUUCUCAUGUAGCAAAAGAUACUUCCCGUGGUGUCACCCCUGUUAUUGGCUCCACUGCACCCAUGGCUCCUGCAAAUAGGGGCAUUUCUCCAGGCCGCAAAGACAAGUCUGCCUCCUCCACCCCCCGCAUCACCCCGCCACCUUCUGCAAAUUCUACCCCUACACACACCCCAUCUGUGCCCCGUGCCAGCAGCCCUCCUGGACUGGCACAUACUGUGGCGGAUGAUGGGGCUCCACGCGCUGCUCCUUCUCAGCCCCAAGACAUCACAGCAGAAGAGUAUAAAGCUAGGCUAGCAGAGAAAAGACGCCAGGCUAGAGAGAAAGCUGAAAAGGAGGCUGAAGAAGAAAGGAAAAGACAAGAUGAAUUAUGGAUGGCAGAACAGGAGAGACUUCGUAAAGAAGAAGAGGAGCAAAAGAGGUUAGAAGAAGAAGCUGCUGAGGCCAGGAGGCAAGAAGAAGAAAGACUGCAGAAAGCUAUUGAAGCUGAGGAAAAAAGAAGAAAAGAGGAAGCUGAGAAAUUUGAAAUGGAGAGAAAAGCUAAAGAAGAAGCAGAGAAAAAAGCAAGAGAAGAAGCUGAGAAACUUGAAAAAGAAAAACAAGAGAAAGCUAAACGUGAUGAAGAAGAAAGGCAAGCCAGGAAAAAGAAACUUGAAAUGAUCAUGAAACGAGUCAAGCCAGAGUCCCAGGCAGAUACAUCCUUGAAAACAGAGAGUCCUAGCAAAUCUGUUAGUAGUUCUCCCAAUCUGAGCCAAGUUAACUCCUCCCAGAAUUCUCCAGAUGAACAUGAAAAGCCUGUGGCUGCAUCACAGGGCACGCCCAGUGACGAAGAGGCCCUGCCACCUGUCGGUUCUGCCGUAGAGAUACCUAGUGCUGCCAUGACAACAUCUUUCAUACUAGAUACAGAUGAAGAUUCAUUGUCAACAUCGACAGUGAUGACUGCAUCUUUCAUCCGCAGUGCCUCCUCCAAUGAUAUACUGGAUACUGAGGAGGGAACUGAGGAGCAUGACACCAGGUUGUCCAGCAGUGCUGCAACAACUCCAUCUAGGCAUGAGGACACAGUUUUGUCUUCUGAAUCAACAUCUGAAACAAAGUCCAAAUUUAAAUCUCCACUUCUCCAGCAGCUUGUAGAAAAGAAGAGCUCAGAUUCCCUGUCUGGGGGACCCAAAUUCAAAUCUCCACUUUUACAAAACCUACUUGGCAAAACCAAAGUUGGAGCUCGUAUUGGUAUGUCAUCGAGUACAGGAGAUUUAAGAAAUAAAGACCCAUCUGCAGAGGACAACCAAAUGAGCACAUCGAGUCACAUGACCAGCCACUCCAGCUACACUAAAGAGCUGUUCAACCAAGACAGGGAUGAUGAGGACAAGGAUGAGGACACUUCUGCUGGCACCCAAAAGUCUUUCCAUAGCUCCCUAACAAAUGGUGUGGGAAAGGAUUCUUUCUACAAAUCCUCAACUGAUACCUCUCCAGCUGAGUCUGGAGGCAAGCUUGGUGGGUCCAACAUGAGUGAUUCUGGUAUAGAACCUCACAUGGAGAGGGAACUGUCUGCUCCUGGGUUGAUGUCACAAUCUAAUCUCUGGAAUGGUCAAGAAGGUCAUGGCAUGGAAGACUCCAGUAUCAGCCUACACUCCAUCUCUGAAAGUCUGACUACAUCUGGAUUUGUAUUUGAUUCAGUCCCUCAGUCUGAUGAGACACUUCAGGAGGGACAUUUGGAGGAUCUGUUAGAUCUGAGAGACUCCAAGACAUCAUCACUAGUGUCUGGAGCUCCCAUCUUAGCUUUUGGAGAAAAUAGACUACAAGAUGCAACAGAAUCUCUAUCAUGACCCUAGAUUGAUGCAGUAAGUCAAGUACCAUAAGCUUUAUCCACUGCUGGUGGUCUAUGUGAUGUUUCUUGGAAGCUAGCACUGUUGGUGUCUCCACUCUACAGUACUCAUGUUGUGAUGGUCAAGCUCAUUAUUUCAUUACCUCCCUUCUGCUGUGUGUUACUGGGAUCACUGGUGACUGUCCCAGAGAGCACUCAAUGUGCUUAGGUUGUUGUUUUUUUUUAUUUGUUUUUACUUUAUAUACUGAACUGCCUAUGACUAAUUUGUGCAUCUUCAAUUCUAUGUCAAUUGAAACUUGUCAAACUGCAUACCACUACAGUGGUGUUGUGUGUUAAUAUUUAUUGUCACUUUAAAAUUUGACACAAUCAUUACUUUUUUUUUUGUAUGUUCUAAAGUACUGGUCUUUUUGUCAAUUUUGAACUCCAUGGUGUGCUUGCAUUAAGUUGUUUCUCUUGGUGGGUAACAACAGAGUGUACAUCAUCAUCUAGUGCUGCAGUUUUGUGGAACAUUGUGUUUUGUUUUUUAGACAUGGAACAUUUCUCUAAACUAAACCAGAUUGAAAUUGUAGACAUGGUUGAACCUCCAAAGGUUCAGGAUGCUGUGGAUAAUCUACACUUUCUGCACCAACCCAAUGGCAAUGUGCCAAGUGAUGCUGAAACUCUUCUUGUUGAUGACAUUAAUAAGAAUGUUCGUUUGGAAGGGGAGUCCGUUCCCUCAGACUUGAAUGCGUUGAUCAGUCCUUGUCACAGUAACACAAACCAGAAAGCCAUUCUCUUAGGCCGGGGAAACAGCUUCAGCUUGGGGAGAUCUGAGGCCAUUAUCAUCAACAGUAAUAGAAAAUCCUGGCAAGUGGAAGAGACAAACAGAAACAACAAUUGUGUGGGAGACUUCAACACAACUCAUGGCUUUGCUCCUCCACCAAUUUCGAUUUUAGUCACAAAUGGGACAGAUGUUGUUAGUCAAACCACAUCUGGUCAGAGUUUCGAUGAGUUAGAAAAACUAUGGCACAAGGUGGAGUCCAUCAUGCUAGCCAAGCAGGAAGUGGUUCAGCAGGUCUUGGAGGAGUCUGGCAUUGGUGAGGCAGGUGAAGAGGAUGAGGAUGUCUGGCAGGUGCUGCAGGAGAACUUUCAAGUGUAAUCAUAACUGCAGAUUUACAUUAUUAGCCAUUCCAUAGCCCUAAUACACUAUUUUCUCACUGAGCAAACAUGAGGUCAUUCAUUUAGGUUCAUCCCAUGCUAUUACACUUAGAUUAUUGGUCAUUUGAACACCUGUGCAUAAUGUAUGUGCAAAUACAAUGUCAGUUUUGUCUUUUUUCCCCCCUUAGUAAAUAUGCUGUACACUUGGUUACAAUUAUUGUAAGCAUAACACUGAAUUUCAUUUUGUCAUAGAUUUGUAAACAAAAUAUUCCUUGAUGUUAACUUUCAAUGUAUUUUUGAUUUGCAAGUAUUUAUUUUGUGUAUAUAUGAACUAGUAGACACAGAUGUUUGAUUCCAAACAUUGGGUUGCAAGUAAUGGUUUUAUUUGCUGCUCCAUGCCCCGUUUCCUGUAAUUGCUUACACUACAACCUAUAGACCUACUUUAACAAGCUGAAAAAUGACAUUUCAUUUGCCCACCUGUACUUCAAUUUACUCAAGUCAUUUUCAUUUCUGAUUUGUAAAACCUAUAUUAAUAUUAGAGAUUGAGAAAAUGAUCCUAGCUGCAUAGGAAAACACUUUUCUUUUGAAAUUUACAUACAAGCUUAAGUGUUGACUGUGAUCUGUAAAUAGCUCUGUUCUUUGGGUGGGGGAAUUAUUUUUUUUCUUCCUAUUCAAAGAGCCUUCUUGUUAUGAUAAACAAUUUCUCUUGAGAUUUUGUUUCAUAUAUGCAUGUCAGUUGUGUUUAGUUCUGCUGGUGACCAUAAUGAAAUGCUGAUUGAAUCAAGUAUGCUUGUAUUGAAUGAAUAAAAAAGAAAAAAAUC